AUGUCUACUAAAAGGUCUAGGGAUACUUUUAAGAGUAACACCAAAAAGAUGUGUAUCAAGAUGUACACUCCUGUCUCUUCAUCCUUAUCUGCCACCUCAUCCACCUCAUCCACCUCAUCCACCUCAUCCACCUCAUCCACUUUUUCCACCUCUUCCACCGCUUCUACUUCUGCUUCUUCUGCUCCUGUUACCGCCCCUGCCUCUGGUUUUCCCCCUUCUUUGUCGACUACAGAAAAGACGCCUUUGAGAGUUCGUGGUUCCUGGACGAAUGAAAAGGAAUUGAUCUUACUAGAAGAAUAUGCCAAGGUUUUUCCUCCUAGUUGCCCAAGAGGAAAACACCAUAUUGCCUGGUCACAUAUCAUCACCCAAGUCAAGGCUCAAGCUCCUGACGACCCAUGCAUGAGCUACGACUCUUGUCGGCGUGGAGUUAAAAGGCUUGUAGAGAAGUAUCAUACGAAUCUUUCCGACUCUGCUGAGCCUUUCACGUUCGACUCUACCAGACACACGAUCAGAAUGGAGAAGGCUGCAUUAGCUGUAAUUGAAAAGAAAAAAUUACACCAAGAGACAAAGAAAUCUGGCAAAAAGGUAGUGAUUUCCAAAUUUAAGAAUGGUCAAGAUGUCAAGAACAACCCAAAGCAUUUUACAAACUCAACCUUUGUGCAGACCGAAAGGGUGUUCAAAGAGUAUAAAGGUCACUGUUAUUCAAAACCUAAGAAAAGAACAAAAGCAAAGCAAAUUGUGCACUCUUUCCCACCUACAAUUGAAAACACUAGCAGAUCAGCUGGUAGCGGUAACAAUAAAAGUAGCAGUAACAAUAGAGAUAACGAUGGCGGUAAUAGUAAUAGUGAAAGUAAAAGUAAUGAUAAUGGCAGCAUCAAUAGUAGUUGCAGUGUCGGUGACAGUGGUAGUCUUUCUACUGUAUCUACAAAUGAAGGAGUCUCUGUUGAUAGACGGAAUCAAUUCUGGGAAGAGAUGCUGGUAUCUUCAAGGAACCAGGAAAAGUCGCUAGAAGACAUCAAAUCAACAAUGUCUAUAAUGCUCAAACUAUUGGAACAGACUUUAAAGAAAUAA